UCGUGGCUGGAAGGUGAUGGCCCAGCCGGGCUGCACACUCCGACUUCACGCUCAGUCCGCAGCCCGAGGCUCGCCGGGGCGCGGAGAUCUGGCCGAGCGCUGAGCGCCGCGCGGGGCCGGGCCGAGCCGGGAGUCCUCGCGCCCUUCCUACAUUCCGCGCCCUUAGACCGACAAAAAAUAAAAUAAUAAUAAUAAUAAUAAUAAUAAUAACCCCGAGGAUCCGCUCUCGCUUUCGCUCUUCGCGGUCCUCCAGACCAUGACCUCAGCUCCCGGGACUGCGCGCUCAAAAAGAAGUUUGCCCGGCUUGGACCUCACGACCUUUCCAAGCUGUGCGCCCUGCUGCCCGGACCGGGUCUGAACCGCGCCGCCGGAGCAGUCCUCUCGGCCGGAGGGCUUACUCUGGGACCCGUUUCUGGUUUUGCCAGCGCCCUCAAGGCCACCCGUCUCUGAGUCCUGGAAAAAAGGGGCGUCUCUCCACGACUCCCAGGAACCAGGAAAAUGGGGAGCAAGGCCCUUCCAGCGCCCAUCCCGCUCCACCCAUCGCUGCAGCUCACCAAUUACUCCUUCCUGCAGGCGGUGAACACCUUCCCGGCCGCCGUGGACCACCUGCAGGGCCUGUAUGGUUUGAGCGCCGUGCAGACCAUGCACAUGAACCACUGGACGCUGGGGUACCCCAACGUGCACGAGAUCACCCGCUCCACCAUCACCGAGAUGGCGGCGGCGCAGGGCCUUGUGGACGCUCGCUUCCCCUUCCCGGCUCUGCCCUUCACUACUCACCUAUUCCAUCCCAAGCAGGGCGCCAUUGCCCACGUCCUGCCAGCCCUACACAAAGACCGGCCCCGUUUUGACUUUGCCAACUUGGCGGUGGCUGCCACGCAAGAGGAUCCUCCUAAGAUGGGAGACCUGACCAAGCUGAGCCCGGGACUGGGUAGCCCCAUCUCCGGUCUCAGUAAAUUGACUCCGGACAGAAAACCCUCCCGAGGGAGAUUGCCCUCCAAAACGAAAAAAGAGUUUAUCUGCAAGUUUUGCGGCAGACACUUUACCAAAUCCUACAAUUUACUCAUCCACGAGAGGACCCACACAGACGAGAGACCAUACACGUGUGACAUCUGCCAUAAGGCCUUCCGGAGGCAAGAUCACCUGCGUGACCAUAGGUAUAUUCAUUCCAAAGAAAAACCCUUCAAAUGUCAGGAAUGUGGGAAAGGAUUUUGUCAGUCUAGAACCCUAGCAGUUCACAAAACUUUACACAUGCAGGAAUCUCCACACAAAUGCCCCACAUGUGGAAGAACCUUUAAUCAGAGAAGUAAUCUGAAAACUCACCUUCUCACCCAUACAGACAUCAAGCCCUACAGCUGCGAGCAGUGCGGCAAAGUGUUCAGGCGAAACUGUGACCUGCGGCGCCACAGCCUGACUCACACACCGCGGCAGAACUUCUAGCGAAGCCCAGGAUCUGUUCCGUGCUGUCGCCGCCGCCCCCUCCCCCAGACACCUCUCCACGCCUCCCACCCACGCGAGGGGCCCACCCCACCCUCCACUGACCCCAGCUCUCCCCUCGCUGCAGCCCAGCACCUGCAGCUCCAGGGAGUUAACUGUUCUUCUGCAGGACUGAGAGCUAUAUAGAAAAGCCACACACUGCGCCCCUUCACAAAGAGCAUAUGCUAGUUUCCUGUAGGUAUUCACAGCUCAUUUUAGAGCUCUGUACAUAAUGUCGUGGGUCUCUGUCUUGUUGUCUUGUUUGUUUUUGUAUCUUGUUGGAUGCACCUAGACAUGGAAAAUGGAAGGCAAAUUUAUCUUUAAAGACUGUAUUUUCAAAAUAAAACUUUUUUUCCCCUCUUGUUUCAAA